UUUCUUGUUAAAACUUCUCAAAUAUUCCUGUUCAUUUCUUCUUAUUGUUCGAUAAACAUCUUAUUUACUCAAAUCCAGUUUACAACUGACACUUAGGGAAUCGAAUUAUAUAAAGAUGAUCGAUAUUUACCUCUAUAAAGAAUACAUGCAACAUUCUUAAGUACAUUGACUUGAAAAUGGAAAUUAAUGCUUGAGGUAAAAAUUUUCUUGACGCUGGCAUUGUUCACUCUGUCUGUUUAAAUACAUUGUGACAUCUUUCUCUUGGAUCUAUUUUAAUAUUUAUCUGGUAUCAUUGAUGUGACAAUUUCUCACACAACUAAUUUGUGAAGAAUAUGAAAAACUGACCAGUGGCAUUAUAAAAAGACAUGUGACAGAAGUGAUAUAAUUUUAAAAGAGAUUUUCUAAAGUUGAUUGGAAAUCUUUUUUGUGGAUGAUUUUAUAUGAUGAUGGAUAUCAAAAAAUUUCACAACAAUUUAAUUAGAAAAUAACAAUCUUAACAAAUGCAUCCAUCUUCACAUACCAUUGAAAAGUUGUUUUUAAAGCUAGGACACAAUGGCAGAUUUUUUUCAAAUAUUUGUUUUCUAUUGUUGGUUAAGACUACCAUCAGCAUAAUAAUCAUGUGUUCCAUGGCCUAGUAUGUUAAUCUCACUGUCACUUUGCCUUAUAAACAACUAGUUUGGCUUCACAAUAUAACAGAAAGAUUGUGUUUUGUGAACAAAUAACAUUAUGACAGAGAGACUGUGCGAGAAUCUGGUUUAUGAAGAAACACAAAAUGAGAAUAAUGAAUUUCCUCACCAAAGUGAAAAUGUAGGGAAGAAAUCAUGCCACUGUGACAUCAAAGUAAAAACCUUUACCAGAAGUGAAGAUAUCAAUGAACAUAAAUUAUUUCACACAAAUUCAAAUGUUUACCAUUGUAAAAAUUGUAGUAAAGGGUUCAGUACAGAUGCUGCUUUGGCAUCACACAAAUGUACACCUACUGGUGGCAAACCAUACCACUGCAACAUCUGUGGUAAAACAUUUUCUCGAACUGGACAUUUGACUAGUCACAAACGUACACACACUGGAGAGAAGCCAUUCCACUGUGAAAUCUGUGGUAAAACUUUCUCUCAUAACUGUGACUUGACUGUUCACAAACGUACUCAUACAGGUGAGAAACCAUACCACUGUAAUAUUUGUGGGAAAACAUUCUCUCGCAAUGAUGUUUUAACAAUUCACAAACGUACUCACACAGGUGAAAAACCAUACCACUGUAAUGUCUGUGGUAAAACGUUUUCUGUGAAUGAACAUUUGACUCGUCAUAUACGCACACACACAGGUGAGAGACCAUACUACUGUGCAUUGUGUGGUAAGACAUUUUCUUCUAAUAGUACUCUGACUGUUCAUAAACGUACUCACACAGGUGAGAAACCAUAUCACUGCAAUAUCUGUGGUAAAACAUUCUCUCAUAACUGUGACUUAACUGUUCACAAACGUACUCACACAGGUGAAAAACCAUACCACUGUGAAUUGUGUGGAAGAACAUUCUCUUUUAACUGUACAUUAAAUGUUCACAAACGUACUCACACAGGUGAGAAACUAUACGGUUGUGAUACCUGUGGUAAAUCAUUCUCUCGUAAUGAUAUCUUGACAGUUCAUAAACGAACACACACAGGUGAGAAACCAUACAACUGUGAGUUGUGUGGUAAAACAUUCUCUUCUAAUAGUACAUUGGCUGUUCACAUACGUACUCACACACGUUAGAAACCAUAUCAAAGUGAUAUCUGUGAU